UACGACAUCUAUCGCAUCCGAAAAUUGUUAUUCACAUGUGCAGCUCGAAAGCCGACAGUCAGUGCUGUAUCAUUUAGCUGUUAAUAUUUUUAUUUCAAGAUGGCAUUAAUUCCUCCAGGAAAGACGCCUAUUAGCUUUCUUCAAGAAAUCAGCACUAAAAGGGGGAUAACUCCACAGUAUGAUUUGCUGGCAAAUGAGGGAGCUGUUCACGAACCUGUGUUUAUCAUGAGGGUUACUAUUGGUGAAGUGAUUGCCACGGGCAAAGGAACAAGCAAGAAGAAGGCAAAGCACGGAGCGGCACUGGCAGCUCUUCAGCAGAUCCUGGGGCUGGGUGAAGGUCGAACCCCAGAACAACAACCUUCAGAACCUGGACAACCGUCCGGAAACAUGAUGGAAAGUGAUGUUGCGGGUAAUCCUGUCGGAGAGCUACAAGAAUUUACACAAAAGAAACUCAUUAAGCCGCCAAUCUACGAGUUUGGCAAUGAGGACGGUCCCCCUCACAACCGGGAGUUUAUCUGUACAGUGAAGCUUGGGAAAUUCACGGAGAAAGGAUCUGGAAGGUCGAAGAAGACAGCUAAACGAUCUGCAGCGAGUGCUAUGUUGGUCCACUUAAAGAACAUUACACAGGACGGAGAAAACAACACUAAGAUUGAAGACUCGGAGGAGGAAGAUGAAAUCCCACUGAAUGCAUCAGAACUGCGAGCAUCAUAUACUGCUUUGAAGGAAGGCAAGGCAAAAAUUCCUAUUCCGAGUGCUCAGGAAAACACGGAAUUCCAGCAGUUCUAUCAGAAAAUUAAAAAUAAUCAGAAGAUCAAAAGCACCAAGCUGACCACACCCGCUACCAAUUACUGCCAAAUGCUGCAGGAAAUCUCAGAGGUUCAGCGGUUUGAGGUCACCUAUAUGGAUAUAGCUGAAAUUAGUGCAAAAGGUCAGCGGCAGUGCUUGGUGCAGCUAUCCACAAUGCCAGUAGCUGUUUGUCAUGGCGUGGGUCCAACAGUGGACGAGGCCCACGCACAUGCAGCCCACAAUGCAUUGCAUUACCUCAAGCUUAUGACAAAAACGUAAUAGUGGCUCCCAGGAAAUAUCAUAGCUUCACUGUGUACACAUGGUCUCUAUGGUAAUCUGUUGUCUUAUCUGAAAACUAUUUUUAGUAUUUUGGUUUAUUGGGUUUAGGUAGACUUUAUCUAGACCUGGUCUUGAAUUUGAAAUAUUUUCGAUAUAUUUUGAUAUUAUCUGACUGAUUCUGGAAAUUAUUUUUUGACUUUUUACAUUUUAUGAUGUUAAAAACUAUUAAAGAGAAGUUUCAGGUUUGGAGAGCAGCGUUAACCAUGGAUUUUGGUUCCAUUGUGCAAUAUGUGAAGUUAUCCUAUAGCCUGGGUGUAAAUAGAUUUUACAUUUUUUUUUAUGAUUGUAGUAUUGUGAUAGUUUGUAUGUGCUCCCAUUCAUUAUAGGUAAUUAAAACCCAUUUGUGCUUUUGAUAUGAAUGUUAUGAUACCGUUAUGUUUUGUUGUGCUUAAAUAUCCUCAUCUUUGCAAAAAGUUUUUGAAGUUCAUUUAAGUGCUGUAAAUGAAAACUGAAACUACAUGUUUAUAUAUCAUGUGUUUAAAGAAAUUUUGGAAUAAUACCAGCUGAUACACACACACACACACACACACAAAUGCACACAUUCAUUUCAUAUAAGAGGACAUGUGCAAUUUUGAAUUUGAAUAUUCAUUAAUUGUGUAUUAGAAUUUUUAUAUAUUUCUAUUAUAUCAUUUAUUAUGUGUAAAAUUAAAUACUUGAUAUUCUGAGAAGUUGUA